UCUCUUCGGCGACAGUUUGCGUUCGACAAUGGUCAGGUGAACAUGUGAUUCGACGCUCUGAUGACGUAAAGAAGGCGGAAAAAUGUUAAACAAAAUGAGAAAAGUGACUCCGAUUUCGCUUUUUAGAGUGGAAAUCACCCUGUGUAUAGUGUUAAGUGCCAUAUCCGUGACAAAAUCCCAGUUUCGUAACGACCAGGACCAAGAAUACUAUCGCUACAACAGAGAAUACCCAGGAUACACGACCCCGCAGUCUGUCCGCUCGCAAUACAACAGCGGCGACACCUACUACGGCACAGACCGUCGAUACGACACCCGCUUCGACGACCCGACUCGAGUUCGGGGCUUCGACAACCGCUUUCAAGAGCAGAGCUUUCGAUAUGGAGAGGACCAAGGUCGUUCUGGGUCGAACCGCUAUGACGCGAGGGGGCGGGAACGACCGGGGUACGAUGGACGACCCUUCGACUCGCGCAAUGUCAACGGAAAACUAGGGGUCCUCGAUCACUGGAGACCCGACCUGCAGGGGCAGCAACGGCCGUCCGAAACUCCUGGCAUCAACCUCCCCCUGGCGGACCUCUUCGUCACCACCGACAGCGGGAAGGUGCAGGGCUUCUACGUGUACCUGUACGACAAGCCCGGCGUGCGUCCGGCGGACAGGCCCGUGCAGAAGCCCAUUCAUCAGCAGAGGCACAUCAUGAAUAUCUCGACCUUCCUAGGAAUCCCGUACGCUAGGCCGCCGAUAGAAGAAGGGCGGUUCAAGCCUCCACGGUAUGUUCAGCACUGGUUUAGCACAUGGCAGGCACUCGACUACCGGCCUGCCUGCCCGCAGAACUUGAAGUACAUAGGCUCUUCGAAUGGCAUCAGGAAUGGGAUUCACGAAGACUGCUUGUACCUCAAUAUCUUUACACCGUCGAUAUCGAUCGGUGUGACAGACCAGUACCCAGUCAUGUUCUACAUCCACGGCGGGGACCUGGAACACGGCGCCAGCAACCAGUUCCCGGGACACAUGCUGGCGGGCUGGGGAGAAGUGGUGGUCGUUACGUUCAACUACAGGCUGGGUGCACUAGGCUUCUUGAGCACGGGAGACGAAAAUUCCCCGGGUAACUAUGGGCUGAUGGACAUGGCCAUGGCGCUGGAGUGGGUCUACAGGAACAUCCGGUUCUUCAACGGAGACCCGCAGAAGAUCACGGUGUUCGGGCCGGGGGCGGGAGGCGCCAUGGCGGGGAUCCUGGCCGUCCUGCCCAAGACCAAGGACUGGGUUCAUCAGGUCCUGGCGGAGAGUGGCUCGCCACUAGCGGACUGGGCAGCAAUUGAUGAUAUUUACAGAGUUCAGAAUACAUCGCGCGUAUAUGGUCUUGAGGUUGGAUGCACAGUAGAAUCGUCAUAUAAACUACUUCAGUGCCUCAAUCGUCGCAGUUUUGAAGAACUAGCUUCAGCCCCAAUAAAGCCGGACAUCGGCACGUUCGCGUGGGGCCCGACGGUCGAUGCCAAGUUCCGCGUCCCGGGAGACGACUGGUACGAGGACUGGAAGGAGGAGGACUGUCUUUACAGUAUUAUCAACAUUACCAUUAUUAAGAUUGACACAAAGGGAACUGAGAGUGGCCCAUGUCCUGGAAUGAAAGGCUUCGAGGACAACAGACUCAUCCGCGACCGGUAUGAGGUGACGGAGGACUUCUUCAACGAGCGGAUAAAGGAGUGGGUCAAACACUACAACUACUCGCUCAAUCCCGAAGGUGCUUAUGAUGCCAUUAAGUGGAUGUACACCUACGGCCCGGAUCCCCACAACACAACUCAUAUUCGAGAGCAAUAUGUUGACUUGUUGUCAGAUGCUCUUUACAAAUCUAGCGUCGACCAAAUAGUGAAGGUCCUUGUGAACUCCACUGGGAAGAAGAGUGUUCCUACCUAUUACUAUAUGCUCAAUACGACCGUGGAUGCACUUAAAUUGGAUUAUUGGAGAGAGGUUCCCAACAACAUUGAGUAUUAUUUUGUGUUUGGUGCUCCCUUCAUGGACCCAGAGUUCUUCCCUGAGAGCAUUCGUGUUGCCAGGAAUCUGUGGAGUGAAGGCGACAGAAACAUCUCUGAGUUCAUGAUGAAGACUUUUGUCAACUUUGCCAAAUGGGGCAACCCAACUCAGACUCAAGUACAAAUCAUAAAGGUGAACUGGGAGCCAGUGUUAGAAGGGAACCUCAAGUACCUAAGCAUCAACACCACCUUCAACACCUCCAUGCAUUAUAACUACCGUCAGACCUACAACACCUUCUGGACCACCUAUAUACCUCAGGUGGUGAGGGAAUGGGUGCCAACUGUUCCUCCACCUAUAAAUCCAUGGAUUCAAAUGACUGAGCCAAUAGUUGCGGCAUUUUAUGGAGCUGCUGCCGUGGCUGUUUUCCUCCUGGUGAUUCUCUUUGUCUGUUGUGGACUGUGGAAAUCUGCAAAGAGACAGAGGAACAAAGCCCUCGAUGAUCUUCAGUAUUAUUCAACGGAGAACCUCAACCCUCAGCAAGAAUCGGAAGAUUAUAAAGUAAGAGAGUACCUCAACAAGCUGGCAAACAACAAUCAUGAUGAAGCGCCCUCUCGCUCUGUCACUCCUUACACAGUUGCUUCAACUGAUCCCAUCAUCCAAACGGAUCAAAAUAACACAAAGUCCAGAGAUCCUUACCAGCAAGGCUACUACAGAGAUACAAAGACAACAAAGUCUGUCGAUCAACUUGAGCAGCCUUACCGUCCAGGCUACCCGCACAUGAUGCCUUCAUCAAGGUCUGCAGGCAACAUCAUUGAAAAUUACCAUACCUCUUAUCAUAACCCUGGUGCAGAACUCAAUGGGCAUUAUCAGCCUCAGCAACAGCGGUCAAUUACUCCAACCUCAACAAUACACUCAGAGCCUAAUGGAAGGCCGACAACACAAUACAUGAUGACACAGCAGGUGACAAAGCCCCCAGAGAAAGAAGUGAGAGCUGUACCUCAGGCGGCAACACGAGUCUCCCGGUCUGUGGCCACAAUUACAUCCACUUCUGGUAUGUUGAACACAGAUCUGUGAUUUCAGUAUAAGUAGAAAGUCUUGCCUAGACUAUAACUCCUAAUUUAUGGCAUUGUCAAUGUUUUUGGUGAGUUACUUUCAACUCCCAUUUCAACCAAAAGCUAGUUAUAGGGGUGGAUAUGCACAUGCUGGCAAGUGCACUGAUAAGCUUUCACUGUUUCAUGACUAGUUUUACUAUUGUAUAUUGUGUAUUUUUUUGUGUAUCGUUGCAUUUCCCCCAAAAUAUAAAACAAUGUUCCACAAAUGUUCCAGCAUUGUGGCCUUUUAAAGUGCCAAAAUUAAUUUGCUGAUUAUGAAAAGAUGUAAAUAACAAAAUGUCUUUCAAGAUAACAUGUUUCAAAUAAGUAUGCUGUGGGCUCUAGAGAAAACCAAAACUAAAUGUUUCUUCAAGAUUUAGAAGUGCAUUUUGGAUGAAUAAAUAGUUAAUAUGAUAUCACUAUCUAAACUUUAUUUCAUAUGUUAUUCAUUUAUUAACUUGCUAUGUUAAAUGUAUUAACUUGUUUAUGAUGAGUUUCGCAAGGCUAGGGUGCAGUAGAGCACAUCACUACAUGCCUAGGCUACCAAUGUGUCAUCCCAGCUACUGGAAAGUGUGCUGAUGAAGUGAUUCGACAUUACCCAAUGUCAUUUAAUUUUUUCCCAUGACGUGACAGGAUAUCAUCCAUUGUGAAUGGGUUAAAGAGUAAGACAAGUCAGAUAAGUACAUGAUAAGAUUCUUAAAAAUCAUAAUCUGAUGUAUUAAAAGGUUAACAUGUUCAGUUAACUAGAAAAUAGAACUGCCAAUAGAUUUUACAUAUAAGAUGACUUAAAUAUGAAUAAGACUAACUCAGUCAAAAAUAUUAUAAUGCCACUGUUUGCAUCAGAAUUAUUAGUAUUAUAAUUCUAAGCAGAAUAAGUUUUCUAUAAUCUAAGGUUCACAAUGUAAGCUUUUAAGAAGUGACUCAGCCAAAGCUUUAUUUGUUUAAUUGUGUAAAAUGGUGAAAGUCACACGAGAGGCAAAAACAAGAGAAAGAAAAGUGAAAAUAUACUGUUUUCUUCAUCUUACACAAUUACUGAAAUUACAACUCAGCCUGUAAAGAUGUGAAUGAGAAAAUAAACUUGUACAUAUUAAAUUUGAUUUGUUUUGCUUCAUUAGGUUAACUUUAUAAAUGCAUAAUUCUUUUUGCACAUAUUAUUAACACUUCUUCAGCAUUUACCAUAAAUAGAAGAGAGAAAAGAUGGAAUGAGACAGAUUGAAAUUUUUUUUUUUUUAGGUCAAGUUUAUUUACAUCCUCAUUAAUAAAUAUAGCAAACAACUUCAGAGAUAGAAUUCAUGAUUGAUAUCAAGUUCCCAUUUAUAUUCCAUCUGUUAUUCAUGAAUGGAUAAUUUUAUAAAUGGUCAUAGCUCAUUUUCCUUUUAUAAAAAAGGUUUUGGGUACAUGAAUCUGAAUGUAUGUUACUCUUGUAUUGGACUGCAUUGCCUAGUUUACUUCUUAAAUGUUCAUAGGAAUGUAAGGUAGAAGUACAAUUAAUCCUUUGACUGUUGCUUAGGAUUCCAUAGUCAUUCCACAAUAAAUAUCUUUGGUAGAAAAAAAACAAAACAAGUGCACUUCUGAAUAUUGUUGCCUCUUUUCCUAAUCAAUAUGAUGGUUAGACCACUUUUUUUUUUCUUAUGUCUAGUUUUGCAAAUAGAGAAACUGUUAUUACAAACAGUUUACUAAAGAAUUUUUCAAAAGCAUAAGGAUGCCUGAAAAUCAACUGAACUUUCACAAGAAUAUAUUUUUUUAUUGUGUAAGAUGCAUUUUGAGUAUGUCUAUGUCACAACACUUGAUAUUGUCUGUCUUAAUCUUUUUAAGAGCAUUUACAAGAUUUUUCAGGGUAUAUUUUAAUAAGUGGUACUUCUCAUAGCAGAGGGACUGAGAUGGCAGAACCUCCUGAGCAGAAUAGGCUGUCAUACUGACUCAUUGUCUAGGAAUGCAGAAUAGUUUUUCUAAGGCUGUGGAAUAUUCACUUCAUGCAUCAUGAAUAAUUUAGAAUUAAGACUAUGGUUGCCUAACAUGGUCAAAGGACUAAGAAUAGAUAUUAACAAUGCAGAUUUAUUAUAAAGGUGCAAUAAUUCACCCGUAAACAGCAGGUGAUCUUUAUAAAGUUUCUUGAAUGCUGGCUAGCCUGUACAGGCCUGAGAAAUAAAGUUUAUGAAUUCUUAGGGGGAUUUUUGUUUUUUCUAAUAUCAAUUAUCUGUAAGGUAUGAAAUUUUAAGAAUUCACAAACCAUCAAAACAGCAUUCCUUUAUUGUAUAAUUUUUUUUCCUGUCAUUCUAAAUAAGAAGUGGCUUUCCUUAAAUACAUUUACCAUUUGAUGUGUGUCUCUCUACUGAGAAAGCAUUAAUAAUUUCAUGAAGAACACUAUAAUUUUGUGAAAAAAGCAAGUAUUAUCAGAAAUUAAAAAUAAAAAGAAUAUUUUAAUAAAAUAAAAUAAAAUAAAGAAAGAACUGAUAAAAGUUUUUUUUUAUAUUAAUUCAGAAUGGCUGUUUCCUUAGAUUAUUUAUUGUUGUAGUUUCUCAUUCCCUUGAUUUUUAAAGUGGCAAUGUGAUUUGAUUGUCUUUCUGUAUAUAAUCCUCUAUACCUCACAUUUUUUGUAAAUAAAAGAUCUUGACAAA